AUGUAUAUCACAACAUACUUUAUUCUCAUCUUGGCUCUGGUGACAAUGUUGGUUCAAUGUCCAGGUGGUGGUGGAGGUGGAGGCGGAGGUGGUGGUGGUGGAGGAGGUGGUGGAAGGGGUGGUAAGUUACAAGUAGAGCGAGUAGUUGAAAUAAUGACAGAGAAAAGUAGCCAAUUUUGAUUGACAUAGCACGCGCUGCUAUUUGAAUCUCAUAUGAAAAUAGUUUUCGAUCGAAAUUCGGUUUUUAUAACAUUGAAAAGCAAUUCCUGAAUGAUAAUACGUAUGACAAAAUAGUUUGAUUUGAGAUUCGAAUAGCAGCGCAGCAAAUCAAUCUAGAUCUGUCACUGUUUACCAGCUGUUAUCAAUGGCACUCACUCUCAAUACUUCAAUGUUGCAUUUUAUUUAAAAACUCAUAUUGUAUUCUAUUGAUUUUUCAUGUUCAGGUGGUCGUCGAGAACCAUGUCGUAGUCGAGCUUGUGAAGUUGUCGAGUCUAUUUUUUCGAUCAUUAUUGCAGUAUGCUUCUUCUGUGCACUACUGAAUUGCAUUGUCGGUUGCUGUUGUCAACUCAGAGCAGGCAGACCAUCAAGAGCGAAUGCAGAUUUUAUCCAUCAAAGUUCUUCAGAAAACCACAAUCUGGAAAGAGAUCCUUUCGAAACAGGUGUCUGGUCUUUUCGAUAUUAUCAAUAUGGCAACUGGCAUGGAUCUUAUCGAUUACCACUCACAUU